AUGUUGCAAACUUUUGCCAUGAAGGAAAAUUUAAUUUCUGAACAAGAUUGCACGCACAAACAAUUUGUAUUUAUUCCACUUCCGGAUAGUUCUCAUAUUAGAGGUUUGGCAGAUGUUGCCAAAGCUACAAGUUUGUUGAUGAAUGCCAAAUGUCAAGGUUUUACUGUUUCACAAAUUAAAUUGUUGACAUUCCCAAUAUGGAAUGGUGUGGUUGAAGAAAUUGCAAAUAAUAGUAAGAGUGAAUUCUUUGAUCAUGAACAAUAUUUCACUCCAAUUUAUAUUAAUGUAAAAGAUUCCGAGUUGAAAGAUAAAUUGAAGAAAAUGGAUUCGUAUAGAAAAUCUGAAACUAGUAAGAUGGAAAGAUAUGUAAUUGGAAUUGAUGUAUUGUCAGUUGCCUAUUCGAUUAUUAUUCAAUCAAUUGAUGGAAUGCUUGCUCAAGAUUCUGAAUUGAGAUUAAUCAAAGAAAAGAGACCACACGACAUUUUGUUUGUGAUUGACAUGACAGCUCAUUCUGCAAUUGAUUAUGCACAAAGAGAAGGAUUGAACUUUGUAAUUGUCAAUAUCUUGCCAUCUGUCAUUUUCAAUCAAAAUAUUCCUCAAUUUAUUGCAAGAUUUCCAUUCACCACAACAAGUUUCACAAAGCUCACUUCAAUUUAUCAGGAAGAAGGAAUUUCCAAGUAUUUAUUGACACGUCUCUAUGAGGAAAUUUACAUCCAAGGAAGAUUACUCUUACAAGGAAUUAAAUCUGUUGGAGAAUUGAACUCAAUCAGAAGAGCUCACAACAUGAGUGAAAAGUAUGAAAUUUUAUUCACUAGCUCUGAAAAGAUUUUCAUUCAUUUUACAAGUCCUGGAGUUUUAGAUUACAGCUAUCCAAUCUCUCAUAAUAACAGAUUUGUUGGAUAUAAAUCGACAGCAAAGAAGAAUCACAAACUCAUUGGAAAACCAAAUUUAUUUAGUGAUAAAUUAGGAGAGGAAAACUUUGUACUCUAUGAGAAGAAUAAGGAUGAUAAUUUAUCUGAUCAGGAGAUGACUAGAUGGUUAGAUGAAAAAUUGGAAAGAAAUAUCUCUAUUGUCUAUAUUGCAUUUGGAACUAAAUUGGAAUUCUCAAACGAACACAUGACAACCAUUUUGAAUUUUACAAUUAGAACAGAUGAGAAUAUUCAUGUAAUUUGUGUUCAUGAAGGAUAUUCUGAUUUGAAAUUACCAGAAUCCAUGGCCAAGAAAGUUCUCUUCCAAACCUGGGUCAAUCAGGGAUUAAUUCUUUCCCAUCCAUCAAUUGUUGCUUUUGUAACACAUGCCGGAUGUCAUUCACUCGUCGAAGCAAUUGACAACCAAGUUCCGGUCUUGACAUUCCCAAUAUUUGGAGAUCAAUUCGCCAAUUCUAUUAGAUGUGAAGAUUUUGGACUUGGAUUUGUAAUUUCUGAAGAUAUUUUCGAACGAAAUGAAAAAUCAUUUUCCAAGAGUUUGAAAAGUGUCAUUUCCUCAAAAAUGGAAAUUAAGAAGAGGAUGAGGGAGAUUAAGAGGAAUAAUUUGAAUGCAGCCAAGUUGAGUAUUUCAACCAUUCAAAGUUUGGGAGAUUCACUUUCGAAUAUAAGCGAAUUGCUUUCGAAUAAUGUUUUAACAGCUGGAGAAAUUGUUAUUGAGGUAGCUUUUGAUAAUUUCGAUCAACACACUCGAGAUAUUUCCACACUACUUCCAUGGUACAUUCAACUCAAUAUUCCUCUCCCAUUUAUCCUUUCUCUUGUAAUUCCAAUACUUUCCAUCACUUUCCAAUAUUGUUGUUUCCUCACAACAAGAAGACGAAACUCUAACAAACAAUUAUAG